AUGGAGCAAAACCACCACAACCAACACCCACCACCACCACCACCACCACCACAAUUUAUGAUGAACAGACCUAGUACUGGUGCAAGACGUCGUUCUGUGACAUUGCAGGAGUAUCUUGACCGUUUUCCUCCUGGUUAUAGGUUUUGUCCUACUGACAAAGAAUUGCUUGUUGACUACCUGAGGAGCAAAGUCCGUAACGAGACAUUACCGGUUAGUCCGAUUCGUGAAGUUAAUCUAUAUGAUUAUGAUCCUCAGAUACUGACGGGAUUUUACAAACUGAUAAGAGAGGAUGCAUGGUAUUUCUUCACCACUCGAAAUCGAAAGUAUCCGAACGGCAAGCGGCCGGACCGAGCUGUGGAUGGCGGAUACUGGAAGCCAACCGGUGUUGAUAAAGAAAUCAAAAGCAAUAAUGUGACUGUUGGAUAUAUGAAGUCAUUGGAUUUUUACCAAGGCAGGCAUCCAGGGGGAAUAAGAACAGAUUGGAAGAUGCACGAAUAUAGAAUUCAACAGAAGAGUUCUCCUCCUCCUCCUCCAAAUAAUACCAAUACCAAUAGCAAUGGUACUGCAGCUGCUAAGAAGAUGAAUGAGUUGGUUUUAUGUAAGAUAUACAAGAAGAAAAACAACAAAGAAGAAGCUAAUACUGAAGGGGAAGCAACGACGACGCCAGUAAUUGAUUAUGCGACCACAAAUCUUCAUCAAGGACGACAAUGGGCAAAUGAAUCCAUCAUUGGUUAUCAAGGUUUUCAUGACCAUAUGGUACUCAAUAAUGACCUCCGUUAUUCAUCCAAUGUGCAUCAAAAUUUUUUUAGCACAACCUUACAAGUGGGACCAAGUUGUUCAAAGUUGGCAAAUCUUGUACCAUUCAUAGAGCCAAUAAAUUGUAAUUCAAAAAUGCAUAUGGCGGGAUAUGGCACCGGAUUGAAGCCGCCUACAAGUCACGAUGUAGCAGGACCAAGUAAUUCUUCAAUUCAUGAUGAACAAUACUGUCCGGGUUAUUUGAUGUCAGUUGUGAUGCAGGGAUGUGGCAAGGGAUUGAAGCCGCCUGCAAUUCACGAUGUACCUGCAGAAGCUGGAACAAGUUCUUCAAAGUUGCCAAUGCAAUUUAAUCACGAGGAGGACGUCACCAGAAUGAAGCCUCUGGGUUAUUCGGAGCCCAUGUUUGACAUUAUGAAUUAUAAUAAUCCACUCCAACUUCCAACAGAUGUGGAAGCUUAUUCAGAUAACAUCUAUGACCAACUUGAACCACUUGAUCAGAACAUGGAGUUGACUCGUGGUGAUGAUGAUGAUGAUGAACAUCAGCCAAAUAUGGUUCCAAGGCAACCAUGA